CUCCCCGGGUCGAGAUCUCUCUGCCUCCUCCCCCCGGAUCUGAGAUCUCUCCGCCCCCUCCCCCCGGGCUGAGAUCUCUGUCUUCUGAAAACCAUCUCUGCACAUGCUAGCCCCAGGUCAGGCUGCAGACAACCAAAGGCUAUUCCAAGGAGAGAGCCUGGAGCCAGAGAGAAUGACCCCGGGGGCCCAGAGACCCCCAUCCCAGGUCAGCUUGCAGAUGACCAAGGGCUAUUCCAAGGAGAGACACUGGAGCCAGAGAGAAUGACCCCGGGGACCCAGAGACCCUCAUCCCAGGACUUGGUGACAUUCAAGGAUGUGGCUGUGGAUUUCACCCAGGAGGAGUGGCACCUCUUGGACCAUUCUCAGAGAGAGCUGUACAAGGAGGUCAUGCUGGAGAAUGUCCAGAACCUGCUCUCUGUGGGAAUUCCAAUCUCUAGAGAAGAUUUGAGCUCCCCUUUCCAAGAAGGUCCAAGGGGCUCCUGUCCAGGUAUAGAGACCAGGUUUGAAAUAAAGGAGAUGAGUACAAUGGUGAGCAUUCUUAUGGAAGAAUUUGUCCAGCACGGAUUUGAGAGUGAUGGUGUCUGUACCUUCAGUUUGAGAGAAAUCUGUGACUCCAAUACCAAGGUGUGUCUGUCCUUUAGAUUAGUUUCUGAGGGAGAAGGUUCCUUGAUGUGCCCCACAGAACUUCUGGGGUGUCCUGGGCCCAUGACACUAGCCUGGGCUAGUCACUUAACCCUCAUUGCCCCGCAAAAAAAAAAAAAAAAAAAAGGCCAGUUUGCAGACAACCAAAGCUUAUUCCAAGGAGACAGCCUGGAACCAGAGAGAAUGGCUCCAGGGACUCAGAGACCCUCAUCCCAGGAGUUGGUGACCUUCAAGGAUGUGGCUGUGGAUUUCACCCAGGAGGAGUGGCGCCUCUUGGACCAUUCUCAGAGAGAGCUGUACAAGGAGGUCAUGCUGGAGAAUGCCCAGAACCUGCUCUCUGUGGGACUUCCAGUUUCUAGAGAUUUGAGCUCUCCUUUCCAGGAAGGAGAAUCACCAGGGAUGGUAGAGCACAAAGAUCCAAGGAACUCCGGUCUAGGUGGAGAGACCAGGCUGGAAGUGAAGAAGAUGGCUACAAAGGUGAAAGUUUCUGCGGAAGAAUUUGGCCAGCUUAGAUUUGAGAGUGAUGGUGCCUGUAACUUCAGCUUGAAAGAAAUCUGUGACUCUGAAACUAAGCUGGGUAAGAGUAUCUUUGAGUUUGGUGAAAUUGGAGAGGCCUUCACACAGUCUUCAGUCUUAAAUAACAGGAAGAGAAGGACUUCAUGGAAUGAAUAUUUUCAGAACAGUGAAGAUAAUAAAUGGUUUCCUAAACAACUAGAGCCUUUUAAGACCCAGGAGAAGUCUCUUCAAGUGCAAAUGUACAAACGUAAUCAUCGGGAUAUGGCCUUGAAUUUGAGUUCUGAUCUCAUUGGACAACAGAAAAGUGACAAAAGUGGGAAGGCCUUCAGUCAGAACUCUAAGUUCAUUACUCUUCAGAAAAUUCACAUUAGAAGGGAGCCUAUUGAAUACAAUGAAUGGAAAGCAACUUCAUCCCAUCAAUCACAUCUUCCUUGCCAUGCUAGAUUUUAUGAUGGAAUGAGAAGACAUGCAGUUCACUGCUGUGGAAAGGCCUUUGGUUGGAACUCCGAUCUUAUUAGGCAUCAGAACAUUCACAUUGUGGGGCAGGUAGGUGGCGCAGUGGAUAAAGCACCAGCCCCGGAUUCAGGAGGACCUGAGUUCAAAUCUGGAUUCAGACACUUGACACUCACUAGCUGUGUGACCUCAGGCAAAUCACUUAACCCCCAUUGCCCUGCCAAAAAAACCCCCCAAAACCAGAACAUUCACAUUAGAAAAAAGUUGUAUAAAUGUAGUCAGUGUGGAAAGGCUUUCACAAAGAGGUCCAAUCUUGCUACACAUCAGAGAAUCCACACUGGAGAGAAACCUUAUGAAUGCAAUCAGUGUGGAAAGACUUUCAGACAGAGCUCCCAUCUUGCUAAGCAUGAGAACAUCCACGCUGGAGAGAAACGUUAUGAAUGCAGUCAGUGUGGAAAGACUUUCAGACAGAGAUCCACUCUUGCUAAGCAUGAGAGCAUCCAUGCUGGAGAGAAACCUUAUGAAUGCAAUCAGUGUGGAAAGACUUUCAGAGACAGAUCCACUCUUGCUAAGCAUGUGAGAAUCCACACUGGAGAGAAACCUUAUGAAUGCAAUCACUGUGGAAAAGCUUUCACAAAGAGAUACCAACUUGCUGUGCAUCAGAGAAUCCACACUGGAGAGAAACCUCAUGAAUGUAAUCAAUGUGGAAAGGCUUUCACACAGUACUGCCAUCUUGCUGCACAUCAGAGAAUCCACACUGGAGAGAAACCGUAUGAAUGCAAUCAGUGUGGAAAAGCUUUCAAAGACAGGUCCAGUCUUGUUGUACAUCAGAGAAUCCACACUGGAGAGAAACCUUAUGAAUGUAAUCAGUGUGGAAAGACUUUCAGACAGAGAUCCACUCUUGCUAUGCAUGUGAGAAUCCACACUGGAGAGAAACCUUAUGAAUGCAAUCACUGUGGAAAAGCUUUCAAAGACAGGUCCAAUUUUGCUACACAUCAGAGAAUACACACUGGAGAGAAACCUUAUGAAUGUAAUCAGUGUGGAAAGGCUUUCACAGUGAGCUGCAGUCUUGCUGCCCAUCAGACAAUCCACACUGGAGAGAAACCUUAUGAAUGUAAUCAGUGUGGAAAGACUUUCAGACAGAGAUCCACUCUUGCUAUGCAUGUGAGAAUCCACACUGGAGAGAAACCUUAUGUAUGUAACCUGUGUGGAAAGGCUUUUGCAGUGAGCUCCGCUCUUACUUCACAUCAGAGAAUCCACUCUGGGGAAAAACCUUAUGUAUGUAAUCAGUGUGGAAAGGCUUUCACAGAGAGCUCCAGUCUUGCUGCACAUCAGAAAAUCCAUCCUGAAGAAAUCUUAGGAAUAUAAUAAAUAUGGUAAAAACCUUCAGGCAAUAUUCAUAUUCUUUAGAAAUCUUAUCACUGUUAUGAAUUACAAAAUUCAUUCAGUUGUCAGUUAGAGCUUGUUCAACAUUAGGGAAUUCUUUUUUUUUUUUUUGGUCAUUUAUUUAUUUCCCCCCCCCCAUUACAUGUAAAAACUGUUUUUUAAAUCCAUUUUAAAA